CAGCUGUUGCUAGUUUACUAUUAUUUUUCUCUUUGUUUUGUUUGAUUAUGUUUUUUCUGCAUAUUUUCAUUUUUGUAUGGCUCUGUUUUGCCACGUAUGAGGCAAAAACUAUAAAGAAGGCUGAGGCGAAUCUUCUAGAACCUGGUCAUCAGCUGGAUAAUUGGCAGGGUAAAUGGUUUCCCCAAGCACCCGGUGAACCACACAUUUCCAAAGUGCUAAUUAGCACGACAGCGACGACUCCGCCGACGACACCCAAGCCUAAAAUCAAAGAUAGCUGGCCCGGUAAAUGGUUUCCCUAUGCUCCCGGUGAACCACACAUUCCUCAAGUGCUAAUUGCUUCGGCGACAAAGACGACAAUAAAACCCAAUCUUAAAGUUAAGGAUGACUGGACAGGCAAAUGGUUUCCCUUUGGCCCCAAUGAACCGCACAUUGUGCCGAUGUCCAACCAGCUGCCAAAAAAUGAACAGAAGAUCGAGAAUAGUGCAGGGAAAUGGUUUACCCAUGGCGAAAAGUCUUCUAACUUUGUUUGCGAUGAUGGCAAGAAUAAUCUUUCAGUUGACUAUGAUCCCAAUGAGGUGCGUGAAAACUAUAAUUAUCUUUGCAUAAGCAGCAAUCGCCGUUCCUUCUAUCCGAAUAUGUCGAGAGAAGCCAUCUUAACGGAGCACUUUCUGCCCUCGGCCUAUAUGCCACCUGCCAAGUGCCUAAACGAGUCCAUAGAAUAUUCCCAUCAACCGGCAACCACUGGCGCAUUUCGUCCCCGUCCAGCUGUCUAUGGGACUUACUCAUAUCUGCCACCUCAGCGUUAUAUGCGCAAUUUAGCGGAGGGCGCCAUAGUUAUGCUUUACCAUCCCUGUGCGUUUCGCGGUCAGGUCGAGGAGCUCCAAAAAAUCGUGCGCAAUUGCCUGUUCCGGCAUCUCAUUACGCCCUCAAUCCACUUGAGCGAGGAACGUCCAUUGGCUGUGCUAUCAUGGAGACAUUCCCUCACCAUGUCUGUGGUAGACAAAAAAGUGGUAUCGCAGUUCAUACAGAAGUAUGCCAAAUUGGGACCUCUGGCCAUUGACAAUUUGUCGCGAGUUGUGGAAGUACGAGAUUCCUAUAAGGAAUCAUUGGUAACGGAGGCGCGCCUAAUUACAAAUGCAGAUGAUAGCGAAUUGUGCGGUUAUUUGGACCAGUCUAUGUAAAUCUCUUUUUAGUAUCUUGAAAACAAUUCGAAUAUCUUAAACUUACUACUGUAUGUGCCUUUAAUUGGAUCACAAAAUGUUAACUAUAUACAUACGUAUAUCUAACUAUAUAUAUUCCGAUUCGAAUAUAAUUGCUAAGAAUGACUUAAGUUACCAUUCCUUUGUAAAUAAGUAAAUUGCGUUUAAAUCAUCUUUGAACUAAAACUGAAUUGUUUUUGCAAGCUACA